AAUGCUUUCUAGAAAGGUAGAAGAUAACUUUGAUAUUGAAUCAAUUGUUCGUAGUUGUAUUCAAAACGGAGCCAGCUUUGAAGAUUUGAAAAAAGUGUUAGCUCUCCUUAAACUGGAUGAAUACAAUUCCUUAAGUCUUGAGCGUUUCUCAAUUGUUACUGGCCGAUUUGAUAUAUUUCAAUUUGGAAUCAAAAAUCAUCUUUUCUCUUUCACCGAAGGCCUUGCUUGCGUCUCUAUAGCUACAAGUUGCGUGUUCUUAACUGAACUUUUGGAUAGAUAUCCUGAAAUAUUCUCUCGAGUAAUUAGUGACGUUUAUCCAUAUUUUGGAGGUAUUCACCAUUCGAACGAUAGUGAUUGUUUACAGCCAUUUUUCAGUCAUCCUAAAGUAUUAAACUCUUCCAAAAAUCGAUCUAUAAUGUUUGAGUCAUUAUUUUCGAAACCUUAUUACGAAUUAUUCCAUCAGGAUGGUCUAUCGAAGAGAUGGUUAAUUUAUGUGUGUAUGAUUGUGUAUUAUAGUGAAGAUUAUGGAGGAAUUCCUCAAGAAGCAAUUGACAAAGCAUUUCAAGUAUUAGUAGAAUAUCAACCACCGGAAAUAAGUCAAAAAUUUACUCUAAAAUUAAUUGUUACACUUGUAUGGAAUGGUUAUAUAUGUAAUGAAUUAGAAAUGCCUUUUCAGAAUUUUAGUGAAGAGAAUGACUUUAACGAUGAAGUGAAUAAUUUUUUCGUUAAUAUUUCGGAUCAACGCCAAUUUCAUAAAUUUCGCAGAAAAAGAGGACAAACUUGUAUAAUGACUCUAAUGUCAAUGACCAGACAUGUAAUAAGAAAUAGAAUUAGACGACCUUUUCAGACAAACUUCGCUCAUUUAAUCGAAACUUUCAAACUACCAAUUUGCAUUCAAAAUUAUUUACGCUUCAACGAGGAAAUAGAAGCUCUCGGCAUUCGAAAUUAUGAUUUGUAUACUACAAUCAGCCGACGUCGAGAAUAUAUAGAACUAUAG